AGCGCCGAACGCUCAGCUGCCGCGUCAUUUAGCCACCAACGAGCCCUCGCCGAACCGCGCUUAUACACCUUCCCUACCAUAUAAUAUCUGGUGACUCCUAUACCUGUCCACAAGCGCCGCGCUAAACGGACAACGAUGUUGCUGCCGUCCGCAAUGCCGUGCGACUCGUCGCGAACACGGCCCUUGACGCGCCUUCAGUCGGCGCUCUUCGCCUCGCCGCCCGCAAGUCCUCCGCAACCCUCGACCCAGACGGCCAUUGGAAACAUCUUUUCGACAUGUCGCACCUUGCAAUCUCUUCUGGCCAGCCCCACGUCGCCUUCCAUUGCGGGCGCCGAUCCCACCACACCGCCGAAAUCGUCGCCCGCGCAACUGCCCAGUCCACCACUGGCGCACGCCAAACUGCGCCUGCGCACGCGAAAGCCGGACCCCGCAGCGGGCGACCAUGGUCCCGCGAGGAAGCGCAUCGUCAAGCGCACCGCGGCAGUCGCGCAGCCGCCGAGGGGACCCAACAAGCGCCGGCGCGCCGACGACGACGAUGACGACCCCACGGAGCGGUACAGCGAAAAUGACAGCGAUGCGGAACAACACGAGCCUCUCCACAACCCCAUCGAUGGGCGAAACAAAGAAAACGAGCUUCUCUCGAAUCCCCGCACCCCGAAACGUUCGCGCAUCGCUCCCGAGGUGCUCCCGCUCGGUCUCGAGCGAUCAGACUUUCACAGCCUCCAUUCGUCCUCGGUGCUUUCCAACGACUCGUCCGCAGACGGCCCGAGCGACUACUCCAAGGAGGGCACAGACGUGGUGGUCGAAGCCGACGGCGAGACGUGGAGCACAGAAGAGGACCGCAUCCUGGUCGAGCUGGUGCUGGAGAAGCUCAAGCUGACCAAGACCGACUGGCAAGACUGCGCGCGCAGUCUGGGCAAGAACCGCGGAAGCGUCGGGAGGAGGUGGAGGAGCCUCAUGAUCAACGGAGAGGUCGGUUUACGGCGGACGAGGAUACACGGGACCUGGAGGUGACGUGGCCUGGUUGGCAGUCUCUCAAUAUGCUGCUUCUCUUCUUCGACAACGCUGUAUUACUGUUGAUUGUAUUAUUAUACCGGCCUCGGGCUACAUAGCGGGAGAUGGGCUGGCGUUUCGUCCUCCGGGUGGAGCGACUGGGUGGCAUGGUACAUUUAGGGGAACAGCCUUCGAGUUUGAAUAGGAGGUGACUCACAAGGGCUUGAGCCAGUUAUC